GAUGCUGACUUGGUUUUGACUGUCUGAUUCUGCAGUAUAUAAAUCCUAUUGUUAAGAAUUCCCAGCAUCCCCUAAAAGGGAACCUCUUAUAUGCUUUAGAGAGAGUUUUGAAGCUUUCAGUUCCAAAUUUGUACGUGUGGCUCUGCAUGUUCUACUGCUUUUUUCACCUCUGGUUGAAUAUACUUGCUGAGCUUCUUCGUUUUGGGGAUCGUGAGUUCUACAAAGAUUGGUGGAAUGCAAAAACUGUUGAGGAGUAUUGGAAAAUGUGGAAUAUGCCUGUCCACAAAUGGAUGGUUCGUCAUAUCUAUUUUCCAUGCCUAAGGAAUGGGAUACCCAAGGGACUUGCCAUUUUUAUUGCCUUCUUUGUUUCUGCUGUAUUCCAUGAGGUAUGUUUCUUUAUUUUCUUCUUUUUAGAUUGAACAUUUUUCCCUGUUGAGUUUUCACUCGUUACAGUCUAAUACUUCGUUGAUAAUGGAAAUGGGAUAAAUUUUAUUAAAUUUAUAUUAUCGUUAUCAUUGUUGUUGUUGUUACAGAAAAUGUGUUAAACUUUCGCCCCAUAGCUUGCAUACUUCUCUUGUGGACAUUCAAAAAGUUUCUUGAUAGGUGAUGUAGUAAUGAAUAACAAAAUCCCAUCUCAGUCCCUCUAAGAUUUGUCAUUAAGCCAGAUUGAUGCUAUUGGCAGCUAACAUCUUGGAGUAUAAGUUUAUCCUCAGCUUAGGAUUAACAUGUGAAGACUUGAUUGGUGAGGAAAUUUGGAGUUCCAAGGACAAAAAAGGAAGAACAUAACAAAAAAAAUAGAUAUCAGGAUCUGUUUCCUGUGGUUGUUUGGGGUUUGGAGAACAAGUUAAAACGUUUCAUGGGUGGAAGGGUAGGCUAUACAUUGCAGAAAUAAAAAUAAAUAAAGUAAAUGUUAUGACAUUAGAGGGUAGAAUGCCUUGUAAAUGCAAUUUUUAUAUCUGAUGUUGACAUGACUGAGUCAUCCUUUUCAGGUGCCACUAUUGCCAUUUUGGUAGAAUCUAAUAAUCUACUCAUGGUUUCUUUUCUCAAAGUGAAAAAAGCCCGAUUAAACAGUUUGAUUAGAAUUCAAAUGAGGCUGAUACUGAAGUUACAGUUUGUUUUCUUCCAUAACAUCAUAUAUGCGCAUAUAAUUCCUCCAUUGAUUUCUUCCUUAACAGCAUAUGUGCAUUUAAUUCCUCCAUCUCUGGUAAUUUAAUUUAUGACUGCUUUGAUCCUGUUUAUUUUGGCAUGACAGUUAUGCAUUGCUGUUCCUUGCCACAUAUUUAAGUUUUGGGCAUUUAUUGGAAUCAUGUUUCAGGUUCCUUUGGUCUUGAUCACAAAUUUCCUGCAAAACAAGUUCAGAAACUCAAUGGUGGGGAACAUGAUCUUCUGGUUCUUUUUCUGCAUCCUUGGCCAACCAACGUGCGUGCUUCUAUACUACCAUGAUUUAAUGAAUCGCAAAGGGAAAACCCAGUAACCUCCUUCCCGUGUAACUAUAGCGCAGAUUAGUUGGUACCUGCUUUGUCAAUUGCCACAGUUGCUGUUUGUGUUUAUUCUCUUACAAGCUAACUCAGUAACUCUUCUGGCAUCUCAUUGCUUCUGGUUGUAUUUUGUUUCCAUGUAUGAUGCCGCCUUCUGCUGAGAUAUUGCGGUCCAUUACCGAUAUGUGUUCAACUGCGAGGCAGACUCUGGUAAAUGCACAAGCAAUCUUUGUGAUUACCAAGUCACUAGCAGUGCCACAAUGAUAGUACCUGUUUUCUUUUUCU